AAAAGUCCCCAAUUAUGUCGUGUGACGUCACGUCCCUAAAACGUAGUUUGUACAGGUAUGGUGCACGAGCGUUAAUGCAAAUAUCACGUGUCUGGCGUUUUAAACAAGAUUUUGACUGUAUAAGUUUUAGAAAUGUUUCGAUGUUUUGACUUUUCAACAUCCCUGCUGGCUUGUCUAGCGGCUGUGCAGAAGUGUGUGAAUCCGAGGGAUGAAGAAAAAAGAUCCUGCAAUCAGAAUGUUCGAAAAGAGCGCGAGCUGCACGUGCACAGAGUCCUUAUACUGGGUACUCCAGAGAGCGGCAAAAGCACGUUAGUCAAACAGAUGAAGAUUAUCUACAGCCAUGGCUUUAACAAACAAGAACUCAUCAGCUUCAAGCCUGCUGUGUUGGAUAAUCUGCUGACAUCUAUGAAGUUUGUGCUGCAUGGCAUGGGAAUGCUGCGCAUUAAUCUGUCUAACAAGAAGAACAAGUCCCAUGCGCGUGCCAUUCUCUCAUGUGAGUGUUGCGUGGGAGAGGAUAUGGAGCUACUGCCAUUUGUGGCUCAUGCGUUCUGCAGACUGUGGGGGGAUCUGGGCGUCAGGGCGGCAGUGGCCAGAGGCCAUGAGUUCCAGCUCAAUGAUUCUGCUCUGUAUUUCUUUGAGAGCAUAAGUCGUAUCAUCGCACCAAACUACAUCCCCAGUAAAACAGAUGUUCUCAGAGUUCGAGUGAGGACCUGUGGUGUUGUUGAAACCCAGUUCAGAGUCAACAACUCACUCUACAGGCUGUACGAUGUUGGUGGCCAGCGUUCAGAAAGAAAGAAGUGGUACAGUUAUUUUGACAAUGUCCAGGCAGUGCUGUUUAUGGUGGCUCUUAGUGGGUACGAUCAAAACCUUGACGAAAGUCAUUCCACGAACCGUCUCCGUGAAAGCCUGGAGUGCUUCAGCUCCACAUGUAAUUGUGCUUUUUUCAAAGGAGCUUCACUGGUUUUAUUUAUGAACAAAAUUGAUCUGUUUGGUGAGAAAAUACUGUAUUCUGGGAGACAUCUGCGACUUUAUCAGCCAGACUUCAAAGAUGCAGGUCCUGACCGUGAUGUGAGUUGUGCUGCUCAAUAUGUUACAGAUCAGUUUGUGGCAUGUGCCACCGCCUCAGGCAAGAUGGUGUACCCUCACUACACCAACGCCACAGACCCCUCCAGCAUUCAUGACGCCUUUCAGUUCACCAUCAGCACUAUUGUGAAGCACAACCUUCAAACUGUCUCGCUUCUCUAACUUUUUCUAUCACAUUUUUAUGUUACGGUGACUGUUGUAAAGAAAAUUUCUUAUUUUUAAUUGAUCAUGAAAACCAUAUUUUAAAGCAAUAAAUAUAUUUUAAGAUUUUAA